CAUUCAAUUUUAACAAUCUUUUGUUUGAUGUUUUUUCUCGAUUCGGAAAAAUCAAAAUUCUUUCUGCCACCCUCUACUUUCCAUCCACUUCUCCCUCCCAAAUUCCUUUCUUUCUUUUCAGAAAUUUCAAAUUUCUCACUAAACACAGGCGAUCCUCUUUCCUUCAAUCCUCUUAUUUUCUUCAAUUUUGAUCUUCACUGUUCUUAGGGCUUCUUCCUUCUUGCCUUUGCGUUUCUGGUCCGGGUUUUGAGGAAAUGUCGGCUUCGACCGUCUCCAUAACGGCGAAUCCGGCGACGCGGAGGAGGCCGGUUUUAGCCUCGGAGAAGAAAGGGGCCAGUUUUGAAUUGUUGGCCACUGAUGGGCUUAACCCUCUUUCUAAUACUGCUACUCUUGGGACUGUUGGUGCCGCCGAUGACAAACUUGCCGGUGCUAAUGGUAGGGAUAUGAGUCAUCAUUCCAUUAGGGGUGAGGUUGUUCUUGAGCGGUCUUCUAGGGAUCCAAUUCAGAUCAAGAAAGCUGUUGCUAAUUCUACCAUUUCCCCGCGGCGGAGUAGAAAGGUAAUUACGAAGCCGGAGAAGCCUCGAUGGGUAACUAUUGUUAGCGUUCUUACGAAGAAUGGUGUUCUCUUGUUGGUUCUUUUGGGGUUGGCUCAAAUGGUUAGAAAACUAGCCCUAAAAUCUGGUGAAGGAGAGGUGGGAAAUCAGAUGGGGUUUUCGGAAGUCGAGGGACGGAUUGCGGAAGUUGAAGCACUUUUGAAGACCACUAGUAAGAUGCUUCAGGUGCAGGUGGAGGUCGUUGAUCGGAAGAUUGAGAAUGAGGUUGGGGGAUUGAGAAGAGAAGUUAACAAGAAGAUUGACGAGAAAACUGCUGAUCUUGAUAGCGGUUUGAAGAAGCUGGAGAACAAGGGGGAAGAAUUGGAAAGGUCUUUGAGCGAGUUGAAGACUGGGGAUUGGUUGUCCAAGCAAGAAUUUGAUAAAAUUUAUGAGGAAUUGAAGAAGACUAAAAAUGGUGAAUUUGAUGAGCAGCGAUUUGCGAAUUUGGAUGAAAUUAGGGCAUCUGCAAGGGAGAUGAUUGAGAGGGAGAUUCAGAAGCAUGCUGCUGAUGGGCUUGGUAGGGUGGAUUAUGCUGUUGCUUCUGGUGGGGCAAUGGUUGUAAAGCAUUCGGAUCCAUAUAGAGGAAGGACAAGUAAUUGGUUUUUGAAAAAUGUGAGGAAUGGUGUUCACAGUGAUGCAGAUAAGCUGCUAAAACCUAGCUUUGGGGAGCCCGGGCAGUGCUUCGCCUUGAAAGGAAGUAGUGGGUUUGUUCAAAUUAGGCUGCGGGCAGCAAUUGUUCCAGAAGCUAUUACUUUGGAGCAUGUUGCUAAGAGUGUAGCAUUUGAUAGAACAUCCGCGCCGAAGGAUUGCAGGGUAUCUGGAUGGUUUCAAGGGAAAAAUCCAAAUUCAGCCAUCAAUGGUGAGAAGAUGUUCCCGUUGGCCAAGUUUACAUACGACCUCGAGAAGAGCAAUGCCCAGACAUUCGACGUGGUGGAUACAACAGGCUCUGGUCUCGUUGACAUGAUCCGAUUAGAUUUCUCAUCCAACCAUGGAAAUCCAUCCCACACUUGCAUCUAUCGCAUGAGAGUUCACGGUCACGAACCGUAUUCGGUUUCUAUGAUGGCGAUACAGUCAUGAUGAUGGAUGGGCUGCAACCAGCUUGUAUUGGGCGCCAAGUUUGUACUAUCCUUGUAAUUGUUACAUUCCCUGUUCUUCUUAUUCUUUAUAUAGAACACCCCCAUAGCCCUCACACUUAGAGAAUGUUUUUGGUUAGUGGGCACAGGUGUUGUUGUUUCCUUUACUUUUAACUUCAUCUUCUUUUGUUUUUCCUCUCAAGGCAUUUUGUAAACAGAUUAAAUUUGUGGGGUUAUGGAUUUUUUUGACUGUGCAGUGCAGGCUUGUUGGUUCUUUAAGUUUCUCAGUGUGUUCUAAUUU